AGGCAUAGCCACGCGCAACACGGACAGCAAAAGGAAGGGCACCCCUGCUGCCGGAAGGAGCGGCAGGUUUCUUGGCCCCCAGAUUGAAGUGCCGAAGUUGCGAGCUGCCAUGGAGAGUUCUGAUCCUGACCCUACAGAUGACAGUUCCAUGGACGCGUUCCUGGACAAGUUCCAGAGCCAGCCUUACCGCGGCGGCUUCCGCGAGGACCAGUGGGAGGAGGUGGGCCGCGGGGGCUUCUGGGGAAUUUGACAAGAUCCCCCUAUUUAUGAAAAAAGCGCCAUCAGAAAUUGAUCCCAAGGAGUUUCCUGACUUGGCUUGCCUCCAAUCGAUUAUUUUUGAUGAUGAGCGAUCUCCAGAAGAGCAAGCCAAGACCUAUAAAGAUGAGGGCAAUGACUACUUUAAAGAAAAAGACUAUAAGAAAGCUGUGGUUUCCUACAGUGAAGGACUGAAGAAGAAGUGUGCAGACCCUGAUCUGAAUGCCAUCCUGUAUACCAACCGGGCAGCAGCACAGUACUAUCUCGGCAAUUUCCGCUCUGCUCUCAAUGACGUGCUGGCUGCCAAGAAGCUAAAGCCUGAUCACCUGAAAGCCAUCAUACGAGGUGCCCUGUGCCAUCUUGAACUGAAACACUUUGCUGAGGCUGUGAACUGGUGUGAUGAGGGACUACAGAUUGAUGCCAAAGAGAAGAAACUUCUAGAAAUGAGGGCAAAAGCAGACAAGCUAAAGAGGAUGGAGGAGCGGGAUCUGAGGAAAGCAAAGUUGAAAGAAAAGAAGGAACAAAAUCAGAAUGAGGCUCUGCUCCAGGCCAUCAAGGCUAGGAACAUCAGGCUUGUCUCUGAAUCAGUCGGUGAGGAUGAAGAUUCAGCCUCCAAUGGUCUAGCCGAGAUGCUCCUGCAUGGGCUCAGCUCUGAGAACCCCUGUGGAGCCAGGCUCAGUAUAGAUGGCCAAGGCAGGCUGAGCUGGCCUGUUCUGUUCCUGUACCCCGAGUAUGCACAGUCUGACUUCAUCUCUGCUUUUCACGAGGACACCAGGUUUAUUGACCAUCUAAUGGCGAUGUUUAGUGAAGCGCCCUCCUGGGACUCAGAGCACAAGUACCACCCAGAUGAUCUGGAGGUCUACUUCGAGGAUGAGGACAGGGCAGAACUAUACCAGGUGUCCCCUGAGAGCACCCUGCUGCAGGUGCUGCAGCACCCCAGGUGCUCCGUGAAGGCCCUUACCCCGGCAUUCCUGGUCUGUGUAGGAUCCUCUCCUUUCUGUAAGAAUUUUCUCCAGGGGAAAAGGGUGCACAGGUAACCUAGGAACAGACCCUGGGGUCUUGUCCCUCAUCUUCCUCUGCCUGGAGUCUGCACACUGAAUCAUCUGGCCUAGAGUCCAGCACUCUGUCCCCAGGGACAGUGGUUCCUAACCUCUUGUUGGGGAAGAAGCUGCUGGACUCCCUGACCCUACCCCUGUCUGGCUGAGUGCUGCGCUCCAGCUGGGCCUCAGCCUCCUCACAUUCACAGCUCUGCCCUGGCCAGUCCAUCUUUGGAGUCCAUCUCUGAAGAAAGCAUCCACUGCAAUUACCAGAAUAGCUGGCCUUGGUAACUCCCUGGCCCCUAGACUAUCUCAGGAUGCAGUGACAGUCUCAACCAUUGUAGCAUUGGGCACAUACAGAAGGCACAGCUCCAAGGGAGUAAACCAGCGCUGCACAGUACUCUUAAGGCCUUAGGGCUUGAAAGACUGGUAGUUGCUUCACCAGCAUGAGAAAAGCUAAGGGAUGCUGUGGAUGCCGUGAGACGACUGGAGCCAUGAAGCCACAUCCUGUUUCUGCGUUGACUGUAUGAACUGGGAUCCUCAGGACUACUCAGAGCCCUACUGGUUUCUCUGACCAGUGGAGUUGCAGUAUGAGAACUGCAACAGACCUGGCGGUAGCCCAAGUGCUUCCUCCAUUCCUCAGCUCCAGUUAUGUCCUUGCCUCAGCAAAAGAAUGCUGAAUGGAGGUGUGCACCACUGUGCCUGGCUAGCAUUUCAUGCCUUUUGACCUAGCCUUUGCCUGUCACCGGCUGUUUUUGUCUUGUGCUGUUCUCUGCGUCCUAGAGGUUGUGUGCAUUCUUAGCUGCAGCUGAGUGGCUUCCUGCAGUGUCCACGCCAUCUCCCAAGGGGAGCAUACUUCUCAUUGCCCAUGCAAGGGCUAUGAAACAGGGCUUGAGCCACAUCUGGCAGCAGCUUGAGGUGUCAUUGGGCAGUGGUUUGCAAGUAGGCUUGUGUCCUUUCCCCUUUACCAUGAGGCGCCAUUUCUCAAAUAGGAGCAUCCCCGUCACCUGGGUGUCUGAAGAAAGCUCACAGCAGCUGGCCUAAAGCCACCGUUUGUAACGUGAGUGGCAGAUGUUUGUGUAGUAAACACUGAGAUUUGGGGGAUUGUUUGUCACUAUAGGAAAACUAAUACAGCAUUAAAGUGAAACCAGCUGACGGCCUUCAGAUGGGCUAAUUUGGGAUCUUGUGUUGAUUGUAUCCUUGUUUCUGGAAGAGAAAUUGUUUUUAGGGAGACCAGUGCAGCUUUCUUUCCCCGGGCAGGUCCCUGUAACACACACAGUGGUUUGCAAACACUGCAGACAUUCUCUCCUCGCUAGAGACUUUCCCCUGACUUCCUUUGUAAGAACUCAAAGUCUAUGUGAGGGGCUUAAGAGUCAGCUACAAUCUGGCAGACACUGCAGGAUCCCAGAAGCAGAUGUCUGUAGCUACCUCACUGUCAUGGACAAAUCAUGUUCUACUGCGCCUUCCUACCGUCUAAUUGGAGAUCUAACCCAGCCUCUCACUUGGUGAGGCUGAGGUGAGGUGGUGGGUAAGAGCAAGGUGCAAACUGAAAUGUACCUGGCAGGUGUUGUGAUUGUUUCACCCUGGGACCCUGCCCUUCCCAUCAGACAGCGUCUGCUGUGCUUCUAGUCUUUGACCCUCUGGAGUCAUCAGCUUAGAUGCCACGGGGGAGAGAAUGUCUUAGUUACUUAUUUGUUGCUGUUGAGACACUAUGACAACCCAACUUAUAGAAGAGUUUAUUGGGGCCCUUGGUACCAGCAGGUGAGUUACAACCCAAGACCAUCGUGGCAGAGAUUGUGGUAGCAGGAAGGCAGGUAUGGUACUGGAGCAGUAGCUGAAAACUCACAUCUUGGGACAACCACAAGGUAGAGAACGAGUUAACUGGCAAUGGCUGGGCUUUUGAAACUAUAAAACACCAGUGACACUGAUGGUUUGUUGCUUGGCCCAGGGAGUGGAGCUAUUAGGAGGUGUGUGUGGCCUUGUUAGAGUAGGUGUGUCACUGUGGGUAUGAGUUAUAAGACCCUCAUCCUAGCUGCCUGGAAGUCAGUAUUCUGCUGGCAGCCUUCAGAUGAAGAUGUAGAACUCUCAGCUCCUCCUGCACCAUGCCUGCCUGGAUGCUGCUGUGCUCCUGCCUUGAUGAUAAUGGACUGAAACUCUGAACCUAUAAGCCAGCCCCAAUUAAAUGUUGUCCUUAUAA